UUUCUCUCUCUCUAGGCUGCUUGCCCCUCUCUCUCUCCCUCUCUACAAUGUUCUCUUCUUUUGAGAGAAGAGAAGAAUAGCUGCAACACAAAGGAAGGCACUGCACUGUGCACAGCGGCAGCUGCACAAGUUUUCAAAAGAACCCGCCACCUCCUCUCUCUUUCUCUCUCUACUGUCCUGCCAAUUCUCUCUCUCUCUAUAUAUAUCUCGUAUUAAAUUUCUUUGCCUUGCUCCCAUCCUCCAUUUUCUUGGGCACCGUUCCGAGCUGAGCUGCUGCACUGUUUUGCUUCUCUGCUGCUUGGUUGCUUCUUUCUUGCUCCCUCUCUGCUUCAACGGUUGGUCGUCUUCAAUGCAAGAAAGCAUCGGCUGCAAUUGCUCCCGUUGAGUUUUCGUCGUCGUUUGAAAGCGAAGGAAGGAGACAGCGGCGACGAGGAGGAAGGAGGAGGAUUAAUGUCGUCCAUGGCCUCCAAGGAAGAGGCCAGUGAAGAUGGGAGACAAGAAGAUCUGCUUGUUAAGGAAGGGCCAGGGGAGAACCAAGAAAACACCAUGAGAGAUUCCGACGAAGCGGGAAAUGAGAAUUGCAGCAAGAGCGGAUCUGGAACCGAAGCCGUCUUACCAAGUGAAGAACCCAGUGACAGUUGCAGUACUGAAGAGCCCAGUGACAGUAGUAGUGGUGGUGACAGUAACAGCCAAUCUGCCGAUUCUGAUGGAGGUAGCAAAGAGACGCCUAAAAUGGACCCCAAGGGCAGCAACGACGACAGCAGCGAGUGCACCGAUCAGAGCUCUCCUCGUGCAGUGCUAGAUAUCUCAGUGUCUGGUAGUGUGGACUCUGACGAGAGCUCCUCUGUUGAGCAGCCAGCAGAGUCGAAUCACAAUGUGCAGUGGAGGAACCUGAUCAGUGGACUGAUACUCAGGAGAAGGAAGUCGAUGGGGCGGGCAGUGACAUUCCCUCAGAGAUCCAAGAGCACAGGGCUUAAAAGGUACCUGGAGAGGAUGCGGAGCAGUAAGAACCAGAUAGAUUGCGGUGCCAUUGCUCCUGAGAUCCUUCCUGAGAUCAGCAAGUGGAGGCCAUCAUGGAGAAGCUUCGACUACAGUGAGCUUUGUGCUGCAACUGACAAAUUCAGUUCAGAAAAUUUGAUUGGGAAGGGCGGACAUGCUGAGGUGUACAAAGGACAUCUUGCUGAUGGACAGUUUGUGGCAGUGAAGAGGCUAACAAAAGGUGGUAACAAAGAGGACAGGAUUAGUGAUUUCUUAUCUGAGCUUGGGAUAAUAGCCCACGUUAACCAUCCAAACGCGGCACAGCUCUUGGGGUUCAGUGUGGAAGGGGGCUUGCAUUUGGUACUUCAGUUCUCACCUCAUGGAAGCCUGGCUUCUGUUCUCCAUGGCGCAAAGGGAGCCCUCAAGUGGAAGGUCAGGUUCAAUAUCGCGCUUGGAAUUGCUGAAGGGCUGCUUUAUCUACAUGAAGGCUGCCAUCGACGCAUCAUUCACAGAGAUAUCAAAGCAUCAAAUAUCCUUCUAACUGAAGAUUACCAACCUCAGAUAUCAGAUUUUGGACUUGCAAAAUGGCUUCCUGAUAAAUGGACUCAUCAUGUUGUAUUCCCCAUCGAAGGCACGUUUGGGUAUAUGGCUCCAGAGUAUUUCAUGCAUGGGAUCAUAAAUGAGAAGACUGAUGUGUUUGCAUAUGGAGUCUUGCUGCUUGAACUAGUGACAGGACGAAAAGCGGUGGAUUCCUCCAGACAAAGCCUAGUGAUAUGGGCUAAACCAUUGCUCGACUCAAACAACAUGAAAGAACUAGUGGAUCCUUCUCUUGAUGUUGGAUAUGAUCCAGAAGAGAUGGCUCACAUCCUAGCAGUGGCAUCCAUGUGCAUUCACCACAGCUCAAGCUCGCGGCCUGCCAUGAAAUCGGUGGUCCGUUUCUUGAAGGGGGAUAGGGAGUCACUCGAAAUGAUGCAGAUGCAAAGACCAAAACUCACGAAACCCCCUAUGUUUGACUCCUGUGAUUCAGAGGAUUAUACUCGCUCAAGUUACCUCAACGAUCUCGACCGGCACAAGAAGCUCGCAUUGGAGCAGUGACAUUUGAGAUGAUUUUGACUGCCAUCUUUUGUACAUCAGCAUCAUUAUCAACAUUGUGAUCCUCCUGCUUUCCAAAGAUGUAUGCAGGCUGUAUGGAUGGAUGUGAGGGUUCAGUUAUCAGUUAAUCCCUUGUUGCUGAUCCAAGGUGUCACUUUGGCUAA